CCAGCAGAGAAACAAGCCUUUGCUCAGUAGUAAGGCAUUGCGAAAUCUUUAUCGUUGUUAUUUAUACACACAAGUCCUCUGUGGAGUUACUGUGGAGUUGGCGUCCAUCAUGGAGAUAUACUAUUCAUUGACGCUGUUCCUGGCAGGGGUUCUUGUCAGCUUGUUCUCAUGCACUGACUGUGUGCAACAGGUAACGUGCAGAUGGGGACCUUAUGGAGACUGGUCUGAGUGUGAUGGCUGCACCAAAACACAGGGGCGGACUCGUUGCGUUGACACCUUUGCUCAGUUUGGGGGAGUCCCGUGUGCAGGGGAGGUCAGUCAGACUCAAGACUGUGUUGCCACUAAAAAGUGUCCCCUGGAAUCAGGCUGUGGAGACAGGUUCCGCUGCACCUCAGGUAAGUGUAUAAGUCCUUCUCUGGUGUGUAAUGGCGACCAGGACUGUGAGGAAGAUGGCCUGGAUGAACGUCGUUGUGAUGAAGCCACCAGUAACACUGUGUGUGAUGAACAGAAAACCCCUCCUCACUCGGAGCACAGUGGGCUAGGGUUUGACAUGUUGUCGGAGAAGCUGAAGGCCCCAGUCAUUAACACUCAGAGUUUUGGUGGUCAGUGCAGGAAAGUCUUCAGUGGCGACCACAAGUCCUUUUACAGACUCCCUCAAAGUAUCCUCAGGUACACCUUUCAGGUAGGUGUUGAGAAUGACUUCACUGAUGAGCUCUACGACAGCUCCUGGUCUUACAUGAAGCACUUUGAGAAAAGGAAUAAGAUCAGAGGAGGACACGAUCAUUUCACAUCUCACUACGAGUUAAAGAAAGACAAGUCCUACCAUCUGCUGAUCAUUAAGAACGAGGUGGAGGUGGCUCAGUUCCAGAACAACGCUCCCCAGUACCUCCCUCUAUCUGAGGAGUUCUGGAAGGCUCUCUCCAGUCUGCCCGUCUCGUACGAGGCCUCUGCCUACCGCAGUCUGCUCCAGAGGUUUGGAACUCACUACAUGUCCGAGGGAUCGCUGGGAGGCCAGUUUGAGUUCCUGCUGGAGUUUGACUCGCAGUCGGUGUGGGAACAGAGCAAAACGGAGAAAGACUUUCAUAGAUGCAUAACUCGGGUGAAGCGGCGAUGGUUUCGCAAAAAAAGGACAACCAAAUGCGACAAAAUAUUUGAUACCUACAUCAACACAAAGGCACAUAAUCCCACAAGGUUUCCAAUCAAAUCCAAGACUGUUGGAGGACAUGUGGCAUAUGCUGAGGGUCUGAACCAUCUGAAUCUGAACGACCCUGACGCCAACCAUGACAAGUACACUAAAUGGGCUGGAUCAGUGAAGUCCCUCCCUGUGGUCAUCAAACAGAAGCUGAGGCCUCUGUAUGAGCUGGUGAAGGAGGUGCCGUGUGCAGGAGUGAAGAAACUCUACCUGAAGAGGGCGCUAGAGGAGUACCUGGAGGAGCAGCACGCCUGCCACUGCCGCCCCUGCAACAACAACGGGCAGCCGGUGGUCACGGGCUCACAGUGCUCCUGCUUCUGCAAGCCGGGCACGUACGGCCUGGCCUGUGAGACAGGCUCCGUCAUAGGAGGGCAGCCAGGUGUCAUCGAUGGAAGCUGGUCUUGCUGGUCCAGCUGGACAUCUUGUUCCAAAGGUCAAAGAUCAAGGAGUCGUGUAUGUAACAAUCCCUCGCUGAGGUCAGGAGGUUUGCAUUGCAUUGGAGAACCUAUGGAAAAACAAUUAUGUGAAGACCCAGAUAUGGACUACCUUCGGAUGAUGGAGCCACACUGCCUUGACUCCUCUCUAGCACCUGUCAAGUCAUGCAAAGCUCCACCUGCUCUGAGAAAUGGCUUUGUACUGAACCCUAAAGAUGUGUAUGCAGUGGGCAGUAAGGUGGAGUACUCCUGCGUUGAUGGAUACUACCUCCAAGGGCAGAAGAUUGUUGAGUGCACAGACAGCCUCACCUGGAGGAGAGGACAGAUGGAGUGCAAAAAGUCAUCAUGUGAUGCCCCUCCUCUUCAGGAAGCUGUGAUUGGCUCCAUUGUGAAGUCCACCUAUCAGAUUGGGGAUCGAGUGUCCAUGAGGUGUCCUGCUGGGAUGCAGAGGGUGGGGGCGCCUGAGGUGGCCUGCAGCUCCAGUCUCAAGUGGUCUCCUCCAGUAGAGGGUGUGGAGUGCCGGCCAGUCCCAGUGUCCACGGUCCCUCCAGCCUUGAGGUGUAAACCAUGGGAGAAGCCUGGGAAGGAGCAGUGUGUGUGCAUGCUGCCGUAUGAGUGCAAGGCUUCUUUCCCAGUGUGUGCCUCCCUGCUGAAGGGCAGAGUGAGCCAGGUGGGCGUGUGCCAGCUGGGUGCCCUGCAGUGUCUGGGCAGGAGUUACACUCUCCUCAAUGACAGCUCCUGUGAUUGGCCCACACAGAACUUCACCUCCUGUCAAGACUGCCAGCCAUGGGAGAAGUGCGAGGGUCUGGGCUGUGUGUGCAGAGAACCCGAGGAGUGUCCCGGGGCCGACGGUCUUCUGUGUGCGGCCCUGGGAGACGGCAGCGCGCCCGUCACCAUGUCAGAGUGUGAAGUAGGUGUAUUGAGGUGCCUCAGCGAGCCCUUCAUCGUGACCAGCGUUGGAGCCUGCGCCUCCUGAGGCUGGACGUGGUCAUCAUGUGGUUUUCAAAUUGCCUCAUCAAAACGCAUGAAGUAAUAUGCAGUGCAGUGUCCUCAUCGUGAGCCGUUUUACAUUACAAGAGGUCAUUUCAAUAAUCAAAAAUGUAACAAAGGUAGCAUUAACCAUGCUUAGUUACAGAGUGGUACCUUGUCAUAGAUGUAUUUAUGUUUUCUGUGUUAAUAAGUCUGUGUUAAUAAGUAGAGAUAAGAUUUUGGUGAGUAGGGUCAUGUUUCACAAUGUGGUUUCCUACCAUUCAACAGAUGAGAAAA